CCUGCGCUGUCUGUCUUCCCUGUAGCUAGAAGGGAAUCCUGCUCGAGGGAUUAGCGGUCCGUCAAUGAGGAACUAUCGGCUCAUCUUCUGCCACAACCUGAAGCAACCAUAGAUGGUUCAGCGGUUCAUUGGCCGGGGGAGGAGAGGAUAGGACACACUUUCACUGCUACACGACGUGAGGUCUUGGCGGGGUUGUGGUGAGGAGGAGGAGGCGGAGGCCAUGAGGAAGAGUGCGUCUCCGUUGCCAGGCAACGAGGGCGGGAGCUCAGCCAGCACCACACGGGUGUUUGGGGUUCCCCUGGAGGAGGUGACGCGCACACAAACCAUCAGCGGCCAAGAGGUUCCUGCACUGGUGAAACACAUCGUGGACUACAUCGAGGAGCACGGUCACCUGGACUUUGAGGGGCUCUUCCUGGUCAAUGGCAACGCGGAGCGAGUGGACUGGCUGCGUCAGCGCUACGACAGCGGCGAGGAGGUGGAGCUAGAGAAGGAGGCCGAUUUGGCCUCAGCGGUCAGCUUGCUCCGACUCUUCCUGCAGGAGCUUCCUGAGCCCGUCAUCCCAACGGCGAUACAAGGACACAUACUGCAGCUGCACCAAGACCACAGCAGUGAGGAGGAGCUGUGCAGAAACCUGAAGUACCUGCUCCAGCAGCUUCCCCAGUUGAACUACAGCCUUCUGCGCUUCCUGUGCCGCUUCCUGGCCAGCGUGGCAUCGCUUCAGCAGGAGAACUGGAAUGUCGGGGCGUUGGCCGCCGUCUUCGGCCCAGACAUCUUUCAUCUGUCCGCUGAAGGAGAGGACCUCAGAGAUCAGGAGUCUGUCAGCAGAGUCCUGGCAGAGCUGUUGGACAAUCAGGAGGGCCUGUUUGACUCGGAGGAUGAUGAUGUCUCCACCACCAACGACUACAGCUCCAUCAACGAACAGAUCACUGAGCUGUUGGACGAUGAUAAGUGUGAGGCAGAAUGUGAAGAGCUGCCUCGGGACGGGGAGGAAGGACCCUCGGCCUCCGACUCACCACAACAUGCACACGCUGACGGCCACCCCACGGCCAGCUCCCACCUCUCCUCCAUAUCCAUCCUGCCUGCUGACCCUGCUGAGAUCAUUGAGAGGACCAUCCGGGCAGCGGUGGAGCAACGCUUUUUCGAGCUGAAAACCUCCAUCGACCAAGACUUCAGUAACUACGACAACCAUGGGGCGAGUCCCUCUGAGCCUGAUGACCAGGGUUUCCACGGAGAUCUGGAGCAACAAACCGACCCUGAGGACAGCCCCUGCGACGCAGUGGGGGAGACCCCACUCACUCAGAGCGAGCGCCGCAUAGAAGAAAGUCAGACGGACACACAGAAUGCACUGGGCUCUGUCGCCUCCCUGGAGGAGAGCUCAGGAAUGGACCUGGAUGCAGCGGCCGACAUUGAUGCUGAGAACAAUUUCAACACUGCUAGGAAGGACGAGCAGGCUGCUGAUAACAUGGAGCAGACGGUCACCAUAAGCUGUGACUCGGACACAAUAAGCUGCGAUCAGAACGCCAACAACAGCGAGAACAGGAACCACCAGUCGCCAUGCCAACCGAACUCUGGCCAGAACCCCCACCUUCAGUUGUUUCCCGACAACCAGUGGGAGGGUACGUACCACCAUAUAUCAGCGUCACCCCCCUCCCAUCUCCACCUCCCUCCCAUCGACUUCUCAUGUAUGCAUCUGCAAAAGGAAGGCCACGACCCCGUCCCAGCUUACAAGUCCUGGCAGGACGACAGCGAGAGCGGAGAGGCGCAGCUGUCGCCGCUGGCUGGUCGCAUGGUUCCUCUCCCCCUGCUGCCCCUGGAGGAGGACAACGAGGAGCAAGAGGGGGAGAGAGCGCAGGAUGACUCCCCCUCCUCUUCACGCACUCAUCCUCACAUCUUGGCGCGACGUUUUCUGGAUUUCGGGGCGCACAGCACCCAGCGCUUCCUCCCACAGGAUCCAGACGCCACCUCCCCCACCAAAGCACAGAGGCCCAGACGAGCGUCGUUUGGCUCCAGAGAGGCCAUGAGAGGAGAUUCUGUGACCCACCAACUCACUAAGAAGCUUCAGCAUCUCAAGAAGAAAAUCAAACAAUUUGAAGAGCAGUUUGAGAAGGAGAGGAACUACAAGCCCUCUCAUGGAGACAAGGCAGCUAACCCCAAAGUUCUCAAGUGGAUGACUGACCUGACCAAGAUCCGCAGGCAGAUCAAAGGACGCCAGCACCACCUUUUACCCAGAAGCACGCUGAGGCACCAGGCUUUGCUCCAUUCACACAGACGCCACCAUGCUCCCUCCUCCCCCUCCUCCUCCUCCUCCUCCUCCUCUAUCUGCUCACCUCCCCAUCACACCCCCACCCCCCCUCUCCACCCCUGCUCAGGCCUGAGCUCUAGACCGUUGCACCUCAAUGCUAAACACUGUGCAGAGAGUGAGCUCAGCCCACAAACACGUCCGCGUAGCAACACCCUACCCAAGAGCUUUGGCUCCACGCUGGACCAAGACACUGGCGACGCAGCUGGGGAGGUCAAAGGUCAACGUCCCACCAGGGAGGAGACGCUGGAGCUGAUCCAGUGCAGAGUCAAAGGGAAGAGGCAGGAGGACGGCUGGCCAGAUGACAUCAAGAAGAUGACCAAAGAGCAGCUGUCCUGUGAGAAGAUGGUGCUUCAGAAGAAUCUGCUUCACUACGAAGGCCUGCACGGCCGACCGGUGACCAGGGAGGAGCGUCUGGUGGUGAAGCCUCUCUACGACCGCUACCGACUGGUCAAGCAGAUGCUCACCAGAGUCAGCAUCACGCCCAUCACGGUGUCCCCCUCCAGCAAGAGGCGCAGUCAGAUCCUCCAGCCAAUCAUCGAGGGCGAGACGGCCCACUUCUGGGAGGAGAUCAAGGAGGAGGAGGAGGAGGAGCGCAACGCCGGCGAGGAGGAGGAGCGGGAGGAGGAGGAGGACGAGGAGGAGACGGAGGGAGAGAGCAGCGGCGGCGAGAUGCAGAGCUCCGAGGUCAUCAUGGCCUUCGACGCCAUGACCCCCACCGACGGGUCCACCAGGAGCCAGGACCAGCCGGACGGCCAGGGCAACUGUCCAAUGAGAGACAAGAUGGAGGAGGGGUCAGGGAGGCUGGCGCUGGACCUGCGGCUGUCCAGCUCCAACGCCUCGUCCAUGCCAGAGCUGCUGGAACAGCUGUGGAAGGCCAGAGCAGAGAAGAAGAAACUGAGGAAGACCAUCCGAGAGUUUGAGGACAGCUUCUAUCAGCGGAACGGGAGGAAUGUCCAGAAGGAGGACCGGGUGCUGAUGCUGGAGGAGUACAGAGAGUACAAGAGGAUCAAAGCCAAGCUGCGCCUCCUGGAGGUCCUCAUCAGCAAACAAGACUCCUCCAAGUCCAUCUAG